AUGAAAGAAGUUUCUGCUGAACAAGUUGAAAGGGCUGAUGUGGAUGCAGAGGCCAGGAGACUCAUGGCAUGGAGUAAUCGGGACCUGGUCAUGAAAGACAUUCCCUCCGCUGUGAAUGCCUUCCAGGAAGUCAGCAGCCUUUUGGGGAUGAAAUACAGUGGGAUGGAAGACCAAUAUGCAGAUGCUGUCUACUACUAUGGGAUGGCUCUCCUGGAGCUUGCUCGAAUGGAGAACAAUGUCCUGGGUGACCCUCUGGAGCAAAUGCCAGAAGAGGAAGACAAAGAGUCUCAUAAGGACUCCAAUAUCCCCAGUGCCUCCAAACUCGAUGAGAAAGAAAAGGAGGAAUUAAGAGUGCAGGUAUAUGAUGCCAUGUCCGAAAAGGAUGAGAAGGCCGAUGAGUUGGAAUGGGAGAAAUCCUCAGAUUCUGCAGAGCCCAAAGAAGAGGCUAAAGGAGAGUCUGCCGAAGUGGAAAAAGACACUGCAGAGGCAGAGGACUCUGAAACUCCCGCCAAACCUGAGGAAACCACUGCUGAAGAGAAGGAAGAGCAUGAAAAUUGA